GAACUACAUAAACUACUGAAUUUUGCUUUAAAAAUUAUUCCAUUGAAUUUCAUUAGCUGUUAGGAGGAUGAGAAAUGUAUACUAAAAGUUUUUACUGAAAUGGAAGAGUGUGGAUGACAAGAGUUUGUCAACAUCCUGCUAGACAACAAACCACACACACUGCGACUUGCUCUACAAGUUUCAAGUAAUACCAUCCAAGCCCAACAUCCCUAGAACUCUUGUCUGUGAACACUGCUCAUCAAGGUUAUAUUUUAUAAGGCUGCCAAGGAUAAAGCCUUAUCUUUUUGAAUUAAUCAAAUACGUUUGCAUGGCUGAAUUUAAUUGUCAUCAAAUCUCAGCAUGAAACAAAAUAAUGAGUAAAAAAGGCAGUGAGGCCGUGCUAUCCACCUUUUGCCUUAAAGCAGAAGUGUUCCACGAUUCUUAAUUGAAGCCUGUUUUUGUUUUCCAGUAUCCAGUGUAUUUACUCACAUUGGUGUAAGUUUUUAACGGAUAAUGUGAUAUUUAUUUAAUUUAAUUAGCAAAAUUUGCCAAAUAAAAAUUUGAUGCCAUAGUGCUGAUACUUUACAAAGUAACGAUGACCGUCUUUUGACAGUGCCUCACCCAUCAAAGUUUAAGGAGUGGGUGGAUGACAUGAAUCUAUGGCCCAAGAUGGCUCAUUUUGGUUGUUUUUACAUGGCUUCCUAUGGAGACCGGAACCAGAAAGCAGUCCAGCGACAAUCAGAAUUAUCAUGGUGCCACCCAGUGUUUGGUCAAGAAAACUGCUGAUUAUUAAAGAGAGCUGCUCCAUUCCUCUGCUGAAGUCCGUGGAGCUCAAGAUCAGCAGGCAAGUGUCAGUUGCUGCUCAGCCGAUGUUGAGUGACUUUACACUGGCUGCUGGUGGAAAGCCCACCAACCCAACGGUACAAGAGGCCCUUUCUGCAGCCCUCACCAUUGAGAACAGCCCAACAGAAAAACUGUCAAAAGUAGGGAAGAAGAAAGGCAUCAGAGCAUUCUUCCAGAGAACAUGGCGGGUACAGCGCACCUUCCUCUUUUGCCUCUGUGACAAUGAAGCAGAACCUCUUGAGGUCCCACCACAGCCCCCUCUCCAAGAUUCAGCUGAUCCCCAACCAGGUCCAUCUGGUCACCUGUCCCACGUCCAGCUAAUCCCAAGCCAGCUGAUGCAGAAGAAAGAACGUCAUACACAUCUGGGAUGGAAUGAGGGGGAGUCCCUGAAACAGCACAGCAGCAAUGGGGGUUUUCCCCCAAGCAAGUUUAUGACUUUGACCUUCAAAGUUCAGACCCACAAGAGGACAAUGUCUCUCCAGCACAGAUUGCUUAUUACAUUGAACCACUAGAGGGUGCUGCCCUACACAUUCAUUACAUUGCUAGUCCAGCAGUCACACUUGAAGCAGGUGAGUAUGCGCUGAUAUAAUAUCUCAGAUGGUCCAGUAUGACAGUGUUGUCUAUGUCCUCAGUUCCAACCAACCAUACCCUGUUGCUCAGUAUCUGAUUAUAAAAAUGUGAUUGAACUUUUGAGGAUUGUCAAGUUUAGCUGCCCGCCUCACUGGACUCACUGCAGUUUGCAUACUGCAACAACCGCUCCACUGAUGAUACCAUUGCAUCUGCAAUACACACUGCUCUCUCCCACUCUUCUUAUUUUGUGUAUACUGUAUAUUAUUAGGUGUAUAUUGUAUAUUGUGUUGUGUAACAAGAUGUGUAAACUGUGUUAUG